GUGGUGGAUGGGAGAGACAGGCCGUCCUUGGUUAGUCCAGGCCUGACCUCUACUGCGGCCAUAUCGACGCUUGUAGAACGAAGGAUCCGCAGAGGAGAGCUUCGACUGCUGUUCAUUUUGAACAGUAUUUCAUAUAAGUGUCUGGGGGGAGGUGAGGGCAAAAGCUGUUCUGGCGCAGGCCCGGAUAUUCGUGCCGUAUUCACGUGUCAUCACCAGUGAUUCAAGCUCCGCCACUUCAUCGUCCGGGCCUGUUUCGAUCUCCCUCCAGUAACGCCGCUUGCGAGUACUAAUGCCAAUGCAAUUCUCUUCUCACACUAUCGAGUGUCCCCAGAGCUCCAUUGACCCCAAUGGCGUCAAGCUGAAAAUGUGUGCCAAGCGCUACACAGCCGGCGGAAAUGGGACGGCGGACGCGGGCAGCGACGGAUUGACACUGCUGUUUGCGCACUGCAUUGGAGCUCACAAGGAGAUAUGGGAAUCCGUCAUCGAGCGACUUUUCAGCCUGUCCGGGGGGCGAGUCGCCGAGGCUUGGUCCUUUGAUUGGCAGACGCACGGGGAUUCGGCGGUAGUGAAUCGCGAGACGUUUGAAAGAAGCCCUGGGAGAGCACAUACUGGAGUGACUGCGGCGGAAUGGGCUGCCGGUGUGUCCGCCUUUAUAGACGGACCGUUAGCAAAAGGCAAACGAUUGGUCGGAAUCGGUCACUCUGCCGGUGGUGGUGCAAUGGUCCUGACGAAUGUGAACCGACCUCUCCGUUCACUCCCCUUCGUCAGCCUCAUCCUCAUCGAACCGAGCAUCAUCCCGCGGGAGCUGUUCUAUCAAGAGAUUGAGGAACGGGUCUCGACCAUGGAAUUUAUUGUCACUGCGACCGAGUCGAGGCGAGAGCGGUGGCGGUCUGCGGAAGCGGCGUACACCUGGAUGCGGAAGCGGGUGCCAUGGGAAAGCUGGGACGAGAGGGUUCUCCGGAAACUGACGGUGUGCAGAGAUCCGCUUUCUCGGUUUGUUCCGCCGCUGACAGCUGAUCUGAAGGAACAUGGCCUUGAAGGGCCGUCUGACGGUGGGGUGACCACGAAGCUCGAUCGGAAGCUGGAGGCGCUUGGGUAUACCGACGUUGAGUCGCACUUCCUCGCGCCGGUAGAGCUGGGCAGGAUAUGCGAUUCAGUGCCUGUGCACUUCGUGUGGGGCAGUGAAUGUUUGGUUCCUGAAUUUGUACAACGCGCGUUGACCGACGGAACAGAAGGACGGAAAGCUACGUCAGUCUCUACCGUUGAUGGGGGGCACCUGAUCGUGCAGGAGAAUCCAGAUGGCACCGCUGACGCUAUAUGGAAGAUAUUAUCUACUUCGACUUUGCCUCCGACCCCACUGGGCAAACUUUGACUUUAUCUCCACAUUCAUUGUACCUGUCACAGAUACCUAUUGUCGCACACAUCCAGGAACCUCUCCGUAAAUCUAUUGUGUGGUGACGCGGUCAAUGGUCUCGAUCACCGAUCGCGCCAUUCAAAACGGCGAUCAUGCGCACACGUGACCGCGACACAUUCUCUCCUUUCCUUCUUACCACAUUUCUCGGCCUCCACAUUCGCUUGGUAUUCUAUUGUAUCUUAUUCCCCCAGAUCUCGGAUGGCGGACCCGGAUUUCAAUUCAAGGCACGAUUGCGAAGAGCCGGGCUUGGGCGAGUCGUGGGUUAUCCUUAACCGUGACGAGUGUUUUCUGGAGGCGGCCACCAUUGGGGAACCAAGCGUGCAAGGCGGGGCAAAUCUGAUUUCGUUCGACUCUGGCGAUAUGGCCUUCCUCGCCGCGUCGGGCGAGAGGAAGCAGACGCAGGCCACGACGAUCCCACGCUCGGACCCGGCCUCCGGCGCGCGCCACAUCACGCUGCUCGACCUAUCCCCGGCAGACGACCUCGCCCCGCCCGCCGACGCCGCUGCCGGGGUCCGCUCGAAGCCGCCGAGCGAGAACCCGAACGUGUACAUCAACGGGCUGCCGCCGUACUUCCGCGACGAACAGCUCAUGGCGAUGGUGCGCAAUUUCGGGGAGGUGGUCAGCGUCAAGUGCUUCACGCGUCAGACCGCGCGGGCGUCGGGGUACGGAUUUGUGUUAUUCAAGACUAUGGAGGCGGCGGAGAAGUGUAUUGAGACGCUGAAGAAGUGCGACUUGCAUCCGUCGCUCUCCAAGGUCAAUAAACCUCCUCGCAUCAUAUGCAACCCCGCUCCUGCUAUGGCUCUUGACCAAAUGCCGAGCACGUCGUCCUUGUCGUCUGUGGCGUCCUUUGACAGCUUCACGUCGAGUGGGAGCGGGUCGUGUAAAAGCUUGAAGGACAAGCUCGCGGAGUUGGAGGAUCGCUCGAGUGCGAAUGUGUACAUUGAAGGUAUUCCGCUUGGCUCAGACAAAACAACUCUUUUGGAGCUUGUCUAUCCCUACGCGAUCCGAAGCUCUCGGUUCAUCACCAGCAAGGUCCCGAAUUCGAAGACGUUGAUCGCAUUUAUGAGGAUGGAAUCCAGAGAUGCGGCAGAGAGCAUCAUCAACCGCUUGAACGGAAAGAAAGUGCGCUCGUGGGACGGGAUCGAGAGUCGUAUAUUCCUGCGCAUUGCGGAUACGCUUGAUCAGCGAGAGCUCAGGAGAAACGAAUCUACGAUUCGCGACGAUUCAGGUCACCCACUGACGAUCGCCCACGCAACGCUGUUGAAUUAUCAUGCUCUCGAGUCGAUUGCUCCCCCUACGCUGGCAGCACCAAACAGGACUCUCGUAACUCCGCCUCCCCUUUCUUCGAACUUCCAUACGAAUACCAUCUACACGACGACCCCGGCUCCUCCCGGCACGAUCGAUAUCCAUGAGCUUCUCGCUUCCCGACGACGACAGCUGAUAAGCGGCAACGACCGACACGUUGACCCGACUGCCUUCUACGCGCCGUAUAACAUGAACACCUGCACCGGCAAUCCUCCGGCGCACUCGGCUGCAGAUAUGGUUUCUCUGUCAACUUUCAUGGCCGUGAUGAAGUCGCAACGGGACAUUCUACCGCAAUUCCCACCGCAACCACCGCUUCUGCCUAUCGGACGUAAUGUCAUGGCUCCCAGACGCUCGUCCGUAGCACAGACGCCGGCGUCCAGUUUUGAUUCACCGGUGUCCCGUGUUCUGAGUGGGAACGUACCGCUCGGAGUUAGGGCCGGCCAGCCCGGUCCCCACCCCGAAUACAAGCCUGCUUCUGGGUCGUCGUUCCAGUCGCGGACGGGGACGGGCACACCGACGCCCCGGGACUCGCUGGAUUACUGUCGUGACAAGAGUCCGCCGGCGUUCAGUCCGCACUCGGCUGUGCAUGCUCGAUGUCGGACUGUCCCGAGUAACCGGCAUUCGGUUGCGUCUGUAACGCGCGAUUCUUCUUCUGCUGGUGCUGGUGCUGGUGGUGGUAGGGUUCAAUUUGGGGUUGAUGGCGGUGUCGAGGGGCAUAAACGGGCGGCGUCGACGUCUGGUCCUGCUUUUGGUAUUGGUGGUGCGCCUGGCUUGAACCGCGUGUGGCUGGGACCGAGGGAGGUCCAAGUCGGGAACUUGCCUAGUGCGACUGCACGGCUGUGAUUUUGAUCAAGGAAUGUUUUCGGUCCGAUGUAUGGUUCUAGUGGUUCUAGCGGUAUUGGGUUUUCAUCUCUAGCGAUAUUUUUUGUAGUUUUGACUAGCCAUGGUUGUAGUAUAUAUCAUUAUCUCUCCGUUUUGCAUUGAAACUGUUCG